AUGACUGACGAUACGACCUGCGUUGAGACGCCGAUUCUUGCUUCAUGGAAGUGGUCAGAGCUUGAGGAUGCAGCAGAGAUUCUUAAGGAGUGGAAUAGGACGCUCUCCAUUGCAUUUCAUUCCAGCCAGCGUGAAGAGCUAGCAGACGAGUUCAAUGACCAUUCCAGUGACCUACGCGUUUUGAUUUCCACAUAUGUGGACACAAUGUGUUUGAACUUGCACGAAGGAUCAUACGCCAUCUAUACCGUACCUGAUUUCUGGGCUAGCUUUGCGACACAAAGCAUUGAAGACAGUAUCGAACUAGAAGCUAUGCAGGGAAUAAAUAUGGCCAAAGCCGCUGCUAGGACUGCUUCCCUCCAGCACUUUAUCUGGAGUACCAUUCCAAACAACGUUCAGAUUCCCGGAGGAAAGCACUCUGUGGCUCACUUUGAGGGCAAGCUCAAGGUCGACCAAUUCAUCAAACAAGAUAAAGAUUUGUUGAGCAAAACGCCAUUCAUUCUCCUUAAAGCAUCUGGCAAAUAUCUCCAGCUUCUACCAGUCCCAGAGGAUUGCCCCAUCACCACCGUAGGUGAUCCUAGAAUCAAGCUUAGUAUCUACGCAGUGGCUAUCUUGAGCCAGCCCAAGCUCACCCUACCUGGCAAAAUUGUUCUGGCAGAGCCUGAGACUAGAACAGUCCGAGACAUAGUAAAAAUUGGGUCAGAGGUUUCAGGAAAACCUGCCGAGUACUCACAAAUCCCGAUUGAGCACUACGAUAACCUGUGGCCGAAAUGGGGCCGUGAAAUUGGGCAGAUGCUGCAGUUCUGGAAUGAAGCGCGCGAAAAGAGCUGGACUUCAGAUCAUCCUGUGUUGACCAAACAUGACUUAGGAGUGUCUGGCUUAAUCGAUGUGAAGGAAGUCUUUGCCGGGUUUGAUUGGCCUUCCUAA